AUGAUCGAGAGCGCGAACGAAGAGCCCGCAAUGAUCGAGAGCGCGAACGAAGAGCCCGCAAUGAUCGAGAGCGCGAACGAAGAGCCCGCAAUGAUCGAGAGCACUAGCGAAGGGCCCGCAAUGAUCGAGAGCACUAGCGAAGGGCCCGCAAACAGAGCGCGAGCGAAGGGCCCGCAAACAGAGCGCGAGCGAAGGGCCCGCAAACAGAGCGCGAGUGAAGGGCCUACAAUGAUCGAGAGCGCGAGCGAAGGGUCCGCAAUGAUCGAGAGCGCGAACGAAGAGCCCGCAAUGAUCGAGAGCGCGAGCAAAGGGCCCGCAAUGAUCGAGAGCACUAGCGAAGGGCCCCGAAGGGCCCGCAAACAGAGCGCGAGCGAAGGGCCCGCAAACAGAGCGCGAGCGAAGGGCCCGCAAACAGAGCGCGAGCGAAGGGCCCGCAAACAGAGCGCGAGCGAAGGGUCCGCAAUGAUCGAGAGCGCGAACGAAGGGCCCACAAACAGAGCGCGAGCGAAGGGCCCGCAAAGAGUGCGCGGGCGGAAACGGAGGGCCCACAAAGAGUUCGCGGGCGGAAAGGGAGGACCCACAAAGAGUGCGCGGGCGGAAACGGAGGGCCCACAAAGAGUGCGCGGGCGGAAACGGAGGGCCCACAAAGAGUGCGCGGGCGGAAACGGAGGGCCCACAAAGAGUGCGCGGGCGGAAACGGAGGGCCCACAAAGAGUGCGCGGGCGGAAACGGAGGGCCCGCAAAGAGUGCGCGGGCGGAAACGGAGGGCCCGCAAAGAGUGCGCGGGCGGAAACGGAGGGCCCGCAAAGAGUGCGCGGGCGGAAACGGAGGGCCCACAAAGAGUUCGCGGGCGGAAAGGGAGGACCCACAAAGAGUGCGCGGGCGGAAACGGAGGGCCCACAAAGAGUGCGCGGGCGGAAACGGAGGGCCCACAAAGAGUGCGCGGGCGGAAACGGAGGGCCCACAAAGAGUGCGCGGGCGGAAACGGAGGGCCCACAAAGAGUUCGCGGGCGGAAAGGGAGGACCCACAAAGAGUGCGCGGGCGGAAACGGAGGGCCCACAAAGAGUGCGCGGGCGGAAACGGAGGGCCCACAAAGAGUGCGCGGGCGGAAAGGGAGGGCCCACAAAGAGUGCGCGGGCGGAAACGGAGGGCCCACAAAGAGUGCGCGGGCGGAAACGGAGGGCCCACAAAGAGUUCGCGGGCGGAAAGGGAGGACCCACAAAGAGUGCGCGGGCGGAAACGGAGGGCCCACAAAGAGUGCGCGGGCGGAAACGGAGGGCCCACAAAGAGUGCGCGGGCGGAAACGGAGGGCCCACAAAGAGUGCGCGGGCGGAAACGGAGGGCCCACAAAGAGUGCGCGGGCGGAAAGGGAGGGCCCACAAAGAAUGCGCGGGCGGAAAGGGAGGGCCCACAAAGAGUACGCGGGCCCGCAAAGAGUGCGCGGGCGGAAACGGAGGGCCCACAAAGAGUGCGCGGGCGGAAACGGAGGGCCCACAAAGAGUGCGCGGGCGGAAAGGUAGGGCCCGCAAAGAGUGCGCGGGCGGAAAGGGAGGGCCCGCAAAGAGUGCGCGGGCGGAAUGGGAGGGCCCGCAAAGAGAGCGCGAGCGAAGGGGCCUGCAAUCACCACGCGAGCGAAAGACCCGCAAACUGUCGCUGUCACUGUGACUCAAGCACCAGGAGGUUCAUGGUGCAUCUUGCGUCUCACGAGCCUUGUCCCUAGAGCUGGAAGUGCGUGUGCACUCAGGGACGGUCCUGCCUUGAUUCCUCUAAGUAGAGUUUCAUUCCUUCUUCCCAGCCGUGUUGGUCUGCGAGCUGUUGAAACUUUUCGAACUCCACCAAACACGUAAUAUACUGCUCCAUAUACUGCUCUGGGUAGAGCGUACGGUACAGCAUGCAUACUACAGCAGAGAGCGGGAAGAGUAGGACGAAGCAGGCAGCCAGGAUGAGGCAGAAGAGGAUGAGUGUCAUUUCACUGAGGAGUGGUGUGAGGGGAUGCAAGAGAUAGCCCAGGAAGAAGAAUGGUGCCGCGAGCGCUGUUGUGACCACCAGGCAGGCCAGACCGGCAGUUCCCAAUACUAUUAUCAGCAAGUGCAGCAGUACCUUGCCCAGGAACCUCGCUAUUCCCCGCAGAACCCUCUGUAGCCAUCCUUUUCUUUCCUCUGUUCUCUCUUUCCCUUCGCCUACUUUCUUUUCUUCCUCCUUGGCUUCUUUCUCCUCCUUCUUUGCUUCCUUCUCCUCCUUCUUUGCUUCCUUCUCC